GAGCUUUAAAACAGUAGAGAGGGGGCCUCAUGAACGUUUCCGAAAAAGCAGUCGAGAGCUCAACUGUAGAACUCCAUCCUUGGGAAUAACAAGUUGAGACCAUUAGUUGCAAUCGUACCGACAAACAAAACGUUCCCUUAACCUCGCCGGAACAAGGGAAGACAAAGGGUUGUUUUUUAUCUUUGCAAACUCGGACAAAAAUGUUGGAUUAUGAAUGGGGAAAUCCCACAGCGAUAAUAUUAUCAGGUGAAGACCCUAACCAGGAACCCGACCCAAAUCGUCAGAUUUUCGAUCACUAUGCUACCAACGCCGCGACCCAGCAGCAAUCUUUCAACGAAACUCUCUUUUCCCACCAGCAAAACGCUGUUUUUGGUCACCAAAACCCUUUCCAUAACCCUAACCAAGAUCAAACUCAUCAUAAUACUCAUUCCCAGCCCCACACCUAUCUACACUCCCUGUACGACCCACGCACCUACUCCGGCACGUCUGUUUACUCUGCACCCCACUCUUCUUUGCUCUCCCUGGAUCCUGUUUCCGGCACCGGAGGGAGUGAAGGCGGUUAUUUUCUGGUUCCCAAGACUGAGCAAGUGCCCAGAGCUGUCGACUUUACACCAAGGAUUGGUCUCAACUUAGGUGGCCGUACGUAUUUUUCCUCUGCUGAGGAUGACUUUGUGAACCGGCUUUAUCGCAGGUCUAGACCGGGAGAUCCCAGUUCGACCAACUCCCCUAGAUGCCAAGCCGAGGGUUGCAAUGCCGAUCUUAGCAAUGCUAAGCACUAUCAUCGCCGACAUAAAGUCUGCGAGUUCCAUUCAAAGGCCUCCACCGUCAUCGCCGCCGGCUUGACUCAACGAUUCUGCCAGCAGUGCAGCAGAUUCCAUCUUCUAUCAGAGUUCGACAAUGGAAAACGUAGCUGCCGGAAGAGAUUAGCCGAUCAUAAUCGUCGAAGGCGAAAAUGUCAACAGCAGCAACAACAUCAACCCAAUAAUAAAGAAAACCACGUGAAGUUUGAAAAUUGCCGCAAUUCCUCUGAUAACCACCCGAGGUCACCAGUACCACUGCCGGAUUCUGGAGUUCAGUCCUCCUCAUCAGUAACAGUGGCAGUUUCUCCUCCACGAAUGUCAUUGGAUUAUUUUAGGCAAAGACCAUAUAAUGCAACGGCGUCUUCAUGGUCGUCACCAAGCUCGUUUUUUUUCUCAAGUGGGUGAUUAGUACUGAUAAUAAGUGAGAUUCCAUUGAACAUACAAUGGAGAUUUGAAACAAGUCAAAGAAUUCGCCUUGUGAUUAACAAGUUGAAUCUCCCUAGUGCUGUUAACUUUUUCGUUUUGAAAUUUCAAUGUUUUAUAUCAAGAAUAUUAGUUGGUGUUUGAUUAUACUAUGAGCAUCGACGACUUGGACCAA